AGUCAACUGUUCGUUUUAUUUCAAAAUUGGAGCAUGUCGUCAUGGAGAUAGAUGUUCUCGGUUGCACAAUAAACCGACCUUUAGCCAGACCAUUGCCCUCUUGAACAUUUACCGUAACCCUCAAAACUCUUCCCAGUCUGCUGACGGUUUGCGCUGUGCUGUGAGCGACGUGGAGAUGCAGGAGCACUAUGACGAGUUCUUUGAGGAAGUCUUCACUGAGAUGGAAGAAAAGUACGGCGAGGUUGAGGAGAUGAAUGUCUGUGACAACCUAGGAGACCAUCUGGUGGGGAACGUGUAUGUCAAGUUCCGACGUGAGGAGGAUGCAGAGAAAGCUGUGAUUGACUUGAAUAACCGUUGGUUUAAUGGGCAGCCAAUCCAUGCAGAGCUGUCCCCAGUGACUGACUUCAGGGAAGCCUGUUGCCGCCAGUAUGAAAUGGGAGAGUGCACAAGAGGGGGCUUUUGCAACUUCAUGCACCUGAAGCCUAUCUCAAGAGAGCUGCGACGGGAGCUGUAUGGGCGUCGGCGUAAGAAGCAUAGAUCCAGGUCCCGAUCCCGGGAACGGCGUUCUCGAUCCAGAGACCGUGGUCGUGGUGGCGGCGGAGGAGGUGGAGGUGGUGGAGGACGAGAGCGUGACAGGAGGCGGUCAAGAGACCGUGAGAGAUCUGGGCGAUUCUGAGCCGAGCCGUUUUUACCGUGUGUCUGCUAGACAGUGUUGUAGUUGGUGACAAGCCAGUUCAUAAUGGGAUUUUUUUUUUAAAAAAUAACAAAAAAAAACAAAGAUGGGUUUCUGAAUAAAAUUUGUAGUGAUUAUACAGUA